AUGCGGCGCCGUUUUCCACUUCAUGGCCGCAAGGUGCACCUUCUGUACGCGCUGCUAUGUUGUGCCGUCCCAGGAUGUUUGCUGAAGGCAUUCACCCCUGGGGUUCACGAAUCUGCCGGCCUUGCUCGUUCCUCGGGCACAAGCCUCACAAAGUUGCCGCCGACAAAUCUUUUCCAUAUUUCUUCCCGACAAAGCAGAACAGAAGGUGCACAGCUUGUGCAGCGCAGGGCCGUCUUCAGCGUCCUGGCCGAGGAAGUGAACAGCAGACCAAGCUUCUUCUUUGGUGAAGUCUUCAUCAUCGUCAUCUUGUCAACGGGGUUUGAGAAAGCAGAGAAGUGGCUGCGCAACAGACUGAAGAUCGCCGGCGAUAAGAUUGGGAGAGAGAUCUUGGAUGCGCUGUUCAGAGAGAUCACAAUUCUCGGAUUCAUCGGUCUGCUGUUGUUUGUGCUGACCCAUCUACUGCCGGAAGACACACCACUCAUUUCUCUCGGGGCUGAUGAGUACAAUAUAUUGCCUGAAACCUUCGAGUACGUGCACAUGGCGACAUUCCUCUUGCUGGUUGUGCUGCUGUUUCAAGGCUUUGCCGUGCUCAAGCUGUCACGUGAAACAGCAGAGACAUGGGCAGAGUACGAGAGCACUCGUGCGUUCGGCAAGAGCAAAAGAUCGAUGGAGAGUAAGCUGGUCGAUGCCGGAUACAUGAAGAGAGUAGACAACCCCUUCUCUAUCACUGGCUACGAGCUCCAGCCGGUGAAGAACUUCGGAUAUGGGGAUUCGCCACUGGAGAGGGUUGGUUUGCGCACCAAGGAGGUACACAAAUUGAUUAUGUGGCGAUCCAUUCGGCACGGAUUUCUCUUCGACGGGCCCCAAAGUGAGAGGCUGGUCAAUGAGACUGGGCAGUGGUUAGAAGUCUGGAUCUUUGAGGGGGGCGUGAUCCCUGGACUCUUCAGUUUCGAAUCCUUUCUCGAGCAGCAGCUGGGUCAGAUUGUCCUGGCAUUGGUUGAGGUCGACGUGACAACAUGGUUCGUCUCCCUGCUUGUCGUGGCAGUUGUCACAUCAAUUUGCCUGGCGCUGGAUUCCGUGAAUGCACAGCUGAUGCAGUGCUUCUGUUGCUGGGGAUUGUUUGCCAUCGGCUUGAUCUACUCCGUCGUUCUGGAGGAAGACACAUGGGAGCUGACCCCACAAGUCCCUGAAGAUCCCCGCGAGGUCCUCCGGCUCUUCACAGGCACCUCGAUCCAAAUGGUCCGCCGUUCCUCUUGGCUGGGACGCACACCGGAGGAAGCAGUCUCCAAAAUUCUUAGCCAGUCAGGGCGGCGCUUCCGGCCCAUGAUGCCAGGAAUCGACGGCACGGCUUGGCCACGGAUUCGGCCAACUCCAAGGGAAGAGCAUGGAUUGACUUCGUCCUUCUACAUGGUGCAGGACUACACUGUUGCUUUCAAGCUCCUAUGCUUCCUCCAGGCAGCUGUGGUGGCUUCCUUAAUUGUGGAGUUGCUGAAUGGCAGCAUCCAUGGGCCUGACAGGACGAUCCCCUUUGCUUUGGCCUGCAUUGAGUGGCCUCUGAUGUUGUUCUGGCUUGUGCCCAGUCUGGUCAGGCGCUUGACGCUUCGCGCAGCCCUAACCCGCACGAAAUCUAACGCUUGGUUUAAGGAUAACCAGAGGGGUCUGGUGAGACAGGUGAUGGUUGCUGGCAUCGAGGGCUUGUUAAGAGACUGUACACGCCUGAUCCAUCUUCAGGGCAUGGAGUCGAGAGCUUUUGUGACUGGUGAGACCUGGGCGCAAGCGGAUUCUGUCACAAAAGCCAUGACCGGUCAGUCUCGAGCAUACCUGGAUUCGCACCUGCGGCAGAUUGCCAUACGCAAUGUCAAUCGGGGACAAGCUCUGUUUGACGAGCUGCCGCCCAACUUGAAGUCGGAGGUUUCAAGCAUCUUCACCAGCUGGGAUGCCGCAAACUCUGGGUUUGUGAAGCCCCAGGAGCUAGCAAACAACAUGGAGCUGCUGGGCUUCAGUGCGACUUCAGAACGCCUUGCCAAGAACUUGAUACGAAUGGUUGAUAACGACGGCAGUGGGUUGUUGAGCUGGAGGAAGUGCCGAGCUCUAUUCAUGCUGGCCACGCGCGGCCGUCCGACGACGGAGCGGCGUAGAGAUUUGACAACCUUCUUCUCCAGAGUGAAGAAGCAGAGCCCACGUGAAAUGACCGUUUUCGAGCUCGCAGAUGCAUUGCCUUUGCAUAGCAUCACGGCGGAAGAUCUCUCCAGUUUGAUGUAUCGCCAUUUCGGCAAAGUCAAGCCGUCACUGACCCGUCCAGAAUUUGUUGAGUGGAUCGAGGCUGUUGAGCAAUCCAUGGUCAUCGACGAAGAAGGUUGA